GGGGCUUUUCUUAAAGAAAAUUAUUUUAUAUUUUUCUUUAAUUUUGUGUUUGUGUCGUCCUUCUAUCUCUAAGAAGCACUACCCCUCCCGCAAUUGAAGGUUCUCUUCGUCGCUCACAUCCAAUCUCUAUCGAUCUCAGAUUCCAAUUUCUGCGAAUAUUUUCUUCCCAGAGAGAUUACAGAUUCUAGGGUUUCGAAUAGUUCUUUCCAAUCUAGUCUUCUUCCUUUUGUUUCUCGGGCGAAAUUUCCCUUAGGGUUUCGAAGAUCCGAAUCUGUGGACGGAGACAAUUCGACGUCUUCUUGAGCUGCAAAGAUGUUCUGGCGAAUGGCUGGAUUAUCAACGGCGUCUGCCGUUGAAGCAAUUUUGGAUAAAGAUAGUUUCACAUUAGAGGAUCUUCUUGACGAGGAUGAAAUUAUUCAAGAAUGCAAAGCCCUGAAUGGACGACUCUUAAAUUUCUUGAGAGAAAAAGUGCAAGUGGAACAACUUAUUAGGUACAUAAUAGAGGAGCCUCUUGAGGACGUGGAAAAGAAGCGAACAUUCAAGUUUCCUUUCAUUGCCUGUGAAAUUUUCACAUGUGAGAUUGAAAUGAUACUGAAAACACUAGUAGAAGAUGAGGAGUUGAUGUUAUUAUUGUUUUCGUUUUUGGAAGCUAAAGAAACCCAUAACUCAUUACUUGCCGGGUACUUCAGCAAGGUUGUCAUUUGUCUGCUGGUGCGGAAGACGAUCCCAUUCAUGCAAUUUAUAAAAGAUCAUCAAGAAAUUCUGAAGCAGCUUGUUGAUUUGAUUGGUAUUACAUCUAUUAUGGAGGUUUUAAAACGCCUGGUUGGUACUGAUGAACACCUAUAUUCAAACUAUACAAGUGCAAUGCAGUGGAUAGAAGAUACGGAUGUUUUAGAGAUGAUUGUGGACAAGUUUGGCUCUUCGGAGUCUCCCGAGGUACAUGCCAAUGCAGCUGAAAUUCUGUGUACUGUUGCAAGAUACGCACCCCCUGGUCUUGCUACAAAACUUUCCAGCCCCAGCUGCACUGGAAGGUUGUUAAAACAUACUUUAGAAGAUUCACGGCCUAAGUCUGUUCUGGUUAAUUCGUUAUCUGUAUGCAUAUCUCUACUCGAUCCUAAGAGGUUUACACUGGGCACUUAUCAUAUAUAUGGUCGUCAACUUACCCAUGGAAGCAUGGUAACUAAUCCCGAGACAGUUGAGGGAAUGCUUGGAAGCCUAGGUGAUUUACUUAUGCUUUUGAAUGUUUCAUCUGCUGAGGGUGUUUUGUUAACAACGUAUGGCAAGUUGCAACCACCUCUUGGAAAACACAGAUUAAAGAUUGUAGAGUUUAUUUCAGUCUUGCUCACUGUCGGUAGUGAAGCAGCAGAGAAGGAAGUAAUUCGACUUGGAGCGGUGAAAAGAGUGUUGGACUUGUUCUUUGAGUAUCCCUACAACAAUUUUUUGCAUCACCAUGUGGAGAAUGUAAUUCUCUCAUGUAUGGAGAGCAAAAACUCUCAACUUGUUGACCAUCUUCUCAGUGAGUGCAAUCUUAUUGGGAGUAUACUAGAGGCGGAAAAGGACUCCACAUUAACUGCUGGUGAUUCUGAUAAGCUUCAGCCUACAGUCCCUGCAGAGGGUAAAAAGCCACUCAGGAUUGGAAACAUCGGUCAUUUGACUCGUAUCUCCAACAAACUUCUUCAGCUAGCUAAUAGCAAUGUCGAAAUUCAGUCACAUUUGCAGGAAAAUAGCAAAUGGGUGGACUGGCAGACAGAUGUCUUGUCGAAGCGUAAUACAUUGGAAAAUGUCUACUCUUGGGCCUGCGGGAGGCCUACUUCACUCCAUGAUCGUAGUAGAGAUAGUGAUGAUGAUGAUUACCACGAUAGAGAUUAUGAUGUGGCAGCCCUAGCAAACAAUUUGAGCCAGGCUUUUCGAUAUGGAAUUUACAGCAAUGAUGACAUGGAUGAGGCCCAAGGCUCUAUGGAACGCGAUGAUGAGGAUGUCUACUUUGAUGAUGAAUCUGCAGAAGUCGUCAUAUCCUCCUUGCGCCUUGGAGAUGACCAGGAGAGUGAUUCUCUCUUCACAAAUUCAAACUGGUUCGCAUUCGAUGAUGAUAAAGCUGCGAAUGAGCGCUCAAUGACCUCAGCUGCUUCCCCUUCACCCAAUGCUGAUGGAGAUGGUGAAGAUGAUGAUGAUGUCGUCAUAGGCGAAGCCGAUGAAUUCAACGCCACUGCAGCCUCUUCUCCACCUGUUGAUAUGGAAACAGAGGAUUCUACAUCAAAGCAUCCUUCUGAAAACCCGAGUGAACCAGAACCUGAAAAGUCACCUGCUUGGGUUGAGUGGAGAGAGACCUCUGAGUCCACCGCACCACCUUCUUCCAACCCAGAGGAGACUACCAUAUUGUCCAAUGGUGAUGUUCAAAUUGAGAAAGAGGAUAAUGAUGAUGAUGAUGAUACUGAUAACAAAAGUGCAGUGAAAACACCAGGUGUACCUGGCGAUGAAACCACAGAGAAGUUACCAGAUGAGAGUGGUGUUGAACCCACUGAGAACUCACCAAAAGCUAGUGGCAUUGAACCCACAGAGAGCUCACCAAAAGCGAGUGGAGCUGAAGUAACUGGAAACUUGAGAGAUUCCGAUCCUGCUGAAUCUCAUGCGGAUGCUAAAAGCUCUGAACCUGAAAGCCCUCAUGGGACAAAAGAAACAGAGGUUGCAGCAGAAGCAGAUACCAAAGAGACCGAAGAGGCUGUGAAGGAACCAGAGAAGGUAGUGUGAGCUUUUUACUUAACCGGGGGUCUCUUUGACUGAUAAAACAAAAUUUCUUCUGGUUUAGUUUGAUUAAGGGCUUUGUCUGUUUUGGGUACAAUUUAUUAUUCUAUUUUUUUCUUUUCCUUGUUUGUUUACUUCAUUGUAUCAUCUCCAAAUCCGGUAUUUUUUAUUCAACAUUAUUGUCGACCAAAAUUUGUUACUAGCUUUUCAUAUUUUAUUAGUAUAAUCUUUUACCUCAGCUAGACUCAUCAAGUGUC